AAUUAUUAAACCCUCGUUCAACCCAACGUGGUCGCUAGUAAUUCAAGCGUGCCUCUUGGACGUGAGAUCUGGUUUUGUUACUUUUCUUUCGUCAGAUUUCGUUCUGCGUUUGGUGUCGUCUCCGAUCGGGCUUCUCCGUUCUGGGUGUCCCUCAUAUUCUUUUGCAAGGCCUCGUGCUCGCUGUCGUCGUCGUCGAAGUGAGAUCCAGAAGAUGCACCGUAAACUUGACAAUGGCAUCUUAGUUGCUCAGCUCCAUUCGAGAAAGAAGAUCUGGAGCAGGGGUUUAGCGUUGGGAGUGUUGGUGUUUGCUCUCGUCUUCGUAUCUGUCUCUGCAGACGAUGUUGUUGUGCUCACCGAAGAUAACUUUGAGAAGGAGGUUGGUCAGGACAGAGGAGCACUCGUUGAGUUCUACGCUCCUUGGUGUGGGCACUGUAAAAAGCUUGCCCCUGAAUAUGAAAAGCUCGGUUCCAGCUUCAAGAAAGCUAAAUCUGUUUUAAUUGGCAAGGUGGACUGUGAUGAACACAAGAGUGUUUGCAGCAAAUAUGGUGUCUCUGGGUACCCAACAAUUCAGUGGUUCCCAAAGGGAUCUUUGGAACCCAAAAAGUACGAGGGGCCACGCACUGCAGAAUCACUUGCUGAGUUUGUCAAUACAGAAGGAGGAACCAAUGUGAAGAUUGCUGCAACUCCCUCCAAUGUUGUGGUGCUCACAGCUGAGAAUUUUAACGACAUUGUUCUGGAUGAAACUAAGGAUGUAUUGGUUGAGUUUUACGCACCAUGGUGUGGACACUGUAAAAACCUUGCUCCUACUUAUGAGAAAGUUGCCACAGCAUUUAAACUUGAGGAAGAUGUAGUGAUUGCGAAUCUCGAUGCUGAUAAACACAGGGAUCUUGCUGAAAAGUAUGAUGUGAGUGGGUUUCCUACAUUGAAGUUCUUUCCAAAGACCAACAAAGCUGGACAAGAUUAUGAAGGUGGGAGGGACUUGGAUGACUUUGUGACAUUUAUCAAUGAGAAAUGUGGUACAAGUCGUGAUGGGAAAGGACAGCUUACAUCAAAAGCUGGUAUUGUUGAAAGCUUGGAUGCCUUGGUAAAGGAGUUUGUUGCUGCGGGUGAUGAAGAUAAAAAGGCAGUAUUUUCCCGCAUUGAAGAGGAAGUUGAUAAGCUCCAGGGUUCUGCUUCAAGGUAUGGAAAGAUGUACGUGAAGGCUGCAAAGAAAUUUACUGAGAAAGGUUCUGAUUAUGCCAAGAAUGAAAUCCAGCGCCUGGAGCGCAUUCUUGAGAAGGCUGUUAGCCCGUCAAAGGCUGAUGAGUUGACACUUAAGAAGAAUAUCUUGUCAGCAUUUGCAUAAACAUAGAGGAACAUUUGUUAGCCAUCUAUCCUCCAAGAUAGCAUUCCGCCCCCCAGCAUUUUGAGAUGCCAAAACAGCAGGAAGAUUUUCAGCAUGGAGACUUCUUGUGACUCUUUGGCCUUGUAUAAUGAAUGCAUAGAUAUUUUGGGGGAAGAUAUUUUAUCUCUCUCGUCCCCAUCUCUGUAGUUUGACCCGAGGGAUUUUUGAAACAUGAUGACAUUUACCAUUAUGUUUGAUGACACUCACUUUUACGUGAUAAUUGCUAUGGGGGAAUGGCCACCAUAACUGAGUACCUAGAAAUGGAUUAAUUUGAUGACAUUUCUACCA